CCCCCUCGGCGCCGGCCGCCCCCUCCCCGGCGCUGAGCAGACAGCAGUCUGCUGGUGAUUGUAUCGGUGGGGGGGCUGCCUUCCCCUUGUCCUCCCCGGUACUUCAGAGACGAGCCAGUACCCCCACCUGCUCCUCCACCUGGCCCCCGCCAGCGACGCCCUCGGACGGGGGGGAGGACGGCGCAGACAAGGCCCCCCUCCAGGACAGCUCUGGGGCCGACAAGAACCCCCCCACGCAGUGCCCCGCCUCCCACAGCAGCCUGACGGAGCGACACAAGAUCCUGCACCGCCUGCUGCAGGACAACAGCCCCGGCGACGCCUCGCCGCCCCCCGAGGACGGCCUCAGCAUCAAGAGGGAGCCGCCCACCAGCCCCACGCCGAGCGCCGCGCCGCCGAGGUCCGCCUCCAGGGAGCCGCAGGACCACCAGCUGCUCCGCUUCCUGCUGGACACGGAUGAGAAGGACCUGGGGGACCUGCCGCCGCCGUCCGCCCUCAACCUGCAGACGGUCCGGGUCAAGGUGGAGAAGAGAGCCAGCGGGGAGGGGCUUAUGUGCGCCGGAGACGCCCCCCGGCUCCUGGGCAGCCCCCGCUCCAGUCCGGUCGGGGAGAACCGCCGGGACUCCACGUCGUCGGUUGGACCCGCCGAUGGGCCCCCCCUCAGCCAGUUCAAGCCUGAAAGCAGGAACUCGUUUGGGGCCAAGACGCUUUCUGACGACCCCUUAAACCCCGGAGGAACCCCCCAGCACCACUCUCCGGCCCCCCUGCUGUCCCCCGCCCCCCAGCUCCAGUCGCCAGUAUCACAGUUACCACCUCCCUCCCCCCAGCUGAAGUCCCCCUUCCAGCCCGGAGAGGCCGGCGCCCACCGCGGUGUUGCCGUGAAGAGAGAGCCUCCCGGGACCCCCAGCAGAGGGAUGGCGGACAGCAGCGCCCCCUCUGGCUGCCGGCUGCAGAGUCAGUCUCUUGAUUUCUGCAGCCCGACCACGCCGGGCCAGCAGCCGGGCCAGGGGGACCCCCUCCAGCGGGGCAAAAACAGCAGCCCGUUCCCAGAGGCCGACGACGUGGAGCCCUUCAGCUCCAGCUCUGGUAACGUGUUCCUAGUUCCUGGUCGGCAGAAACAUGUUGCGGUUGCGUGUUCUGUUGCGUGUUCUGUUGCGUGUUCUGUUGCGUUUUCUGUUGCGUUUUCUGUUGCGUGUUCU